ACGCCACCUUUAAUUACACGCAGAUACAUUUAUUACACCACCCAAACACCACCUCUAAUUACACACAAAUACAUUUAUUCUCGACCCAGGCCCUGUCAGCCCUCGAGGCGCCGAGAACUACCCGCCCCAGCAUGCCCCGCGCCGGGGGCCGCCUACAACUCCCAGCACCCCCCGCGGCUCCUGUGGCAUUGGCGGGCAGCGGCCGCCCUGGCGGAGGGGCUCCCGCAGGGCUCGGGGCGCUGCGCGCCUCAGGCCCGCCGGUCCCUCGGCGGCCCCCGGAGGAGCGGCGGCGGCGGCUUCAAGUCCCCGGUCCCGGCCUCAGCCUCCUGCCGCCCUCCCGAGGCCACCGGAGAAGCCCUGCGCCGGGAGAUCGAGGAGCUGCGGCAGAAGGAGCUCGCUCUGGACCAGGAGAUCGCCCAGCUGAUGGCUGAAGGCUACAGCCUGGAGGAGUUGGAGAAACACAUCGCUCUGCUCCAUGAGUAUAACGACAUUAAAGAUGCCGGUCAGAUGCUGCUGGGCAAGCUGGCUGUUAUCCGAGGGGUUACUACAAAGCAGCUGUACCCUGAAUAUGAUCUGGAGCUCAGUGACUAGCACCGAACCUGAAGGCUGCCGUAUCCUGCAAUGACUGUUACUGGCCCAUUUUGUGCUGUCAUUCCUGUUUAGAACCAGCACGAGGUUGUCUCAGGUGUGUGUGUGUGUAAACUUCUAGGAGUGCUGUUAACAGCCUUGUUCUAAGAGGCUUUGGAGUGCCAAAUUAUUAAUCUCUCAACUGGUUCCUGCUUGUGGGAAGGGGCGUUGGAGAUGUGGACUUUUGGAUAAAUUUGGUUUUGUAUGCUACCUGAUCACCGCUAUUUUUAUUUUUUUAUUGGAAAUGUAAUUCAAGGAUGGUGCAAAGACUGUUCCCAUUGAGUCUUUACCUCUCUUCAGCAUCCAGGGUCAGUUUGGAUAUGCUGAUCUGCAGGUGGGAGAGCUACUGCUGAAUGGAUGGAGGAAGCGAGGGCAUACGAAUGUGCAAUGGAAUGGCUGCUUUGAAGGAAAAGAGAAACCCUCAGAAAUAGGGAGGGCAGAGGGUUGAAGUUGUUUGGUUUUGUUUUGCUUUUGAGGAUUGGAUCUGGAGAAGUUUGAGUGUUUUAUAUUUUUGUACUUAACUGCUCAGGUACCUAGAGAUUUUUGUAUCCUUUCUACAGUGAAAUGUGAAGUUGUAUUGAACUACCCAAUCUGAAUAAAGCAGCUCUCACAUCUCUCAGCAAUUCA